AAGGAGAGGGGUAGUUUCCCCGUCGCCAUGACAACCUCACAGCCCGCCAUCUCGCUGUUGCCACGGUGAUCUGAUCCCGCUCCCUUCCUCCUGCACGACCGAGGGGAAGGAAGUCGGGGAUCGCCGCGCUCCUUUCGGAGGGAGAGGCGGAUGGCCGCCGACAGGAGGGCGGCGUGGAGGCUGUGCGAGUGACGUGGCCUGGCGAGCAUGCCCGUGCAGCAGAUGACGGUGGUCCCGGCCAGCGCCCCUCGUCCCAAAGACAGGAAUGAGGGCCAGGCCAAGGCCCCCGGUCGCUCAGGGAGUCGAUCCAGCAACAUCUCCAAGGCAAGCAACUCCACAGCGGGACAACCGAUUGCCUCCAAGACGUCCAUCACCCCGUCUUCUCAGGACAUCUGCAGUGUUGGUCACCUGACCCCCGUAGAAGAGAAAGUCGCCGCUGAAUUGCCCAAAGCGAUCACCACCAAGAGGACGGUCCCCAUCACAGGCCGCGGCCCCUCACGUGUGGCCCCCAAGAAGCAGGUGAAGCGCCGCCACCGCCGCAAGAAAAGCAGCUUCGUGGCCUUCGACUGCGUGGACGCUAACGCCACGCGCCAGCCCGUGGACCGCAACGAGUUGGGCGAGAAGCGGGAGCGGCCCUCGCGCGGUCGCCGGGAGAUGGCGCCUCGCCUGCGCUGCUCGGCCGCCGCCUGCUCGGACUCCACCUCCUUGGACGACGAGCCGCCCCGCCAGGCCCGCAGCUGGAGCAAGGAGAAGUGGCGGCGAGCGCGGCGCCGUAGCAAAGGCUGCGAUGAGGUGACGGAGGUGUUGGAGCUGCAGUCGGUGGGCUCCGACGAGUGGAAGGAGGCGCCGCCCCUGGAGGAGGACGGCCUGAAGAAACGCUGCAGCAGCAGCAGCAGCAGCAGCAGGUGCUCCGUCACCAGACACCACCUGCACAGCGCCGACAAGGAGGUCAAAGGUCGCGAGUCAAACAGCACAGCGGACAGCUCCUCGCCGGCGGAGGACGGCGAGGAGCUCAUCACCAAGAAGUAUCAGGAAGAAGUAUCGGGGGGCGGGGACAUGUCGGCGCCAACGCCUCAGAAGCGCUGCGGCGUGAAUGGCGGCGCGCCUCUCAUUUGCUCUGAUGAUUCUGAUAUGGAGGUGUGCAGGAUCUGCCACUGCGAGGGUGAGGAGGAGUGUCCCCUCAUCAUGCCAUGUCUGUGCACUGGCAGCCUGAGCUUCGUCCAUCAUGCAUGUCUCUACCAGUGGAUCAAGUCCUCCGACACACGCUGCUGUGAGCUCUGCAAGUACCACUUCAUCAUGGACACCAAGCUCAAACCACUGCGCAAGUGGGAGAAGCUGCACAUGUCCAAGAGCGAGAGGAGAAAGAUCUUCUGCUCCGUGUUGUUCCACCUGGUGGCCAUCAUGUGCAUGCUGUGGUCCGUCUACAUCCUGGUCAGGAGGACCACAGAGGAGAUCAAACUGGGGAAGAACGAGGAGUUAUGGAGGGUUUCUCUCCUGAAGUACUAUACUCCAGAGGGCGUGCUGGAGUGGCCCUUCUGGACCAAACUGAUCGUGGUGGCCAUCGGCUUCACGGGGGGCCUGAUCUUCAUGUACAUCCAGUGCAAGGUCUACCUGCAGCUGUGGCGCCGCCUCAAGGCCUUCAACCGCAUCAUCACCGUGCAGAACUGCCCCGACAAGAACACGCACCGCCGCCCGCCCACCGGCCCCCGCUCCGCCAACGGCAGGCGCGAGACGGCGGAGGUGCCCGCGGCGCCGGGGACCCACCUGGACUCAGACGCCUCCCUGGAGGGCACGGUGGCACCCAGGCAGAACCCCGUGUGACCAAACGAGGCUGGACCUGCAUCCAAGUGUUUGUCUCUCUCCAGGCCGGCAGGACCGAUUGGCUCCUGGUGCCAUGGAGGCCGAGGACCCCUGGAGGCCGAGGACCCCCAAAAAAGGCUUGCGAGGACCAUUUUUGUCCUGCUUUUUGACGCUUUUACUCUUUCUUUGUACUUUUCAAAGCGCCUGGCUUUUUAGGUUUCUUUCAAAACGGGACUGGCACACAUUUUCUGGCAUCUGACGAAGUGUCAGAGCCCUGUUGUGUUGAGAGCGAUUGUCGCAGAGUAUUUUUAUAUUAUCAGUUCCCCAAUUAAAAGGGGAAAUUACCUUUUCUUUUAUAUAAUUGUGUCUGUCAUUUACGAUCCUUAUGUAAGACAAGAACAUAUGUUAUUCUUCUUUUAUGCAUUCUAACUCAUAAAUAAAGGCUAGCAAAAGUCAGCUAACAAUGAAGCUAAAGGGAAUCACUCUAUUCCACCUAUAAAGCGCUCUAAAAACUUCCAUUAAGGUUUUAUAUACACAGUAUAAAUAUAAUGUAGUAACGGGCACAUUCAUAUUUACAUGUAAUAUAUACACAUAUAUAUAUAUUUUGCUCAUUUUAAGCAUCAUAACGUUCGCUAUUCCGUCAACAACAACACCACUACUACUCAUGGCAGACUUCAUGAGAGACAACAAAGACUACUUUGGGACAAAUGAUGAUCCAUAACCUUAGAUUUUUGAGCCUGAAUAUAAGGAGGAUGAGCAACAAGUUUUCGAAGCAGAGUGCUAAACAGAUCCAGUUUUAUUGAAACUCAUAAAUAAAGGCUAGCAAAAGUCAGCUAACAAUGAAGCUAAAGGGUAUCACUCUAUUCCACCUAUAAAGCGCUCUAAAAACUUCCAUUAAGGUUUUAUAUACACAGUAUAAAUAUAAUGUAGUAACGGGCACAUUCAUAUUUACAUGUAAUAUAUAUACAUAUAUAUUUAUAUAUAUAUAUAUUUUGCUCAUUUUAAGCAUCAUAACGUUCUCUAUUCCGUCAACAACACCACCACUACUACUCAUGGCACACUUCAUGAGAGACAACAAAGACUACUUUGGGACAAAUGAUGAUCCAUAACCUUAGAUUUUUGAGCCUGAAUAUAAGGAGGAUGAGCAACAAGUUUUCGAAGCAGAGUGCUAAACAGAUCCAGUUUUAUUGAAACUCAUAAAUAAAGGCUAGCAAAAGUCAGCUAACAAUGAAGCUAAAGGGAAUCACUCUAUUCCACCUAUAAAGCGCUCUAAAAACUUCCAUUAAGGUUUUAUAUACACAGUAUAAAUGUAAUGUAGUAACGGGCACAUUCAUAUUUACAUGUAAUAUAUAUACAUAUAUAUUUAUAUAUAUAUAUAUUUUGCUCAUUUUA